AUAUAUAAUAUAAUAUAAUAUAAUGAAUGAUAAUAAUAAUUCAAAACAGUUACCAUCAAUUAAAACAUUAGAUGAUCUAAUAUAUCAAUUAAGGCAAGCAUUUGCCAGCAAUGAUAUAGAUGUAGAUUACGUACAAAAUCUGAUGCUUUCGUAUGAAAGUAAUUCAAAUGAUUGGUCAAAAUAUGCACACUUUGAUGACUAUACAUAUACUAGAAAUUUGGUGGAUAAAGGAAACGGAAAAUAUAAUUUAAUACUAGUUUGUUGGACACGUGCGGCCAAAUCGCGUAUACACGACCACUCAGAUUCACAUUGCUUUAUGAAAGUGUUGGCCGGAGAUCUGCAUGAAGUACGCUAUGAAUGGCCCGACAAUAGUACUAAUAAUAAUAAUAAUAAGUCUAAUGAUGACAACUGUACCGAAAAGUUGAAAAUAUUGAACGAAAAUGAAAUGCCAUUGAAUAGUGUUACUUAUAUUAAUGAUUCAAUGGGUAUACAUCAUGUGGAAAAUCCGGGUCCGACGGGACCGGUAUCACUGCAUCUCUAUAUACCGCCGCACGAUAUGUGCCAAGUGUUUGACAAAACUACUGGUAGUAGUAAUAACGCAAAACUAACAUUUUAUAGUCAGUACGGCUCGCGGACACCGUUUACACUGUCGUCGUCAUCGACUCCCAAGACAUUGCUAACAAACCUAUGAUAUCUACACACAAAUAGUUAAUAAUAAUAAAUAUUUAAAAUUAUCUUAUUU